UCCUCCAGUAGAGGGAAGCCUAACGUUAGCCUUCUCGCUCAGUCGGGCGGCAUAGCAGAAAGGAUGAGAAGAAGACGCAAAGAGACAGGCAGCAACAAUAACAACAGCAGCGCAACGGGUAGAUCUCUCAGGAAGCUUACCUCAGAUGGCUAACUGAAUCAACACUGCUCCCGACCGUCAGUGGCCAGAAAUCAAAUCACAAAUCAAAAGUUGAAUGGAUGUAGUGUUGCACUACAAGAAAAAUGGUCUAAACGACAUGGUCACAUUUGCUGAGAGGGCACUAGAGGAUUUUCCUCGCCGUGUGCUACCCGUCUAUAGGCCAUGGUUUCCAACGCAUGAGGACCAAUACCUGCCCAUCAGACCUCUGAAGAGAGCACCAAUUGUUCUGGCGGAGGACUUGAAGAGGUUGCUCUCACACCAACCGUCCUCGGAGCCAUCGUUGUCGUUUACUGAACGACAUGUGCAGCCCAUUUCUCUGUGUAGAGGGAACAAAGGUCUUAGCGAGAAGCCUCAGGUGACACUUUUGGAAUGUGCCGAAGCUUGCGACUAUGUAAAGACAUCAGAGGAGAUUGAAAAUGCACCUAAGACGUUUAGGCGGUCAUGGAGUGUCUUCGCCUCAGGUACAAAAUUCAGCGAGAACACUCAGACACUUUCGAAACCGUUCCAAAUGAUCAUUGAAAGAUACGGUCUUGAACUACGCCAAAGAGCCAAAUGGAUAAUUGGUGAAGUGAACUGUGACCCGCGCAACAUAGAGAGAGUCUGGGCAAAAAUAACUCGAGCUGUGCGCCACUCCAAACUCCCAACAUGCAAUGCAAAUUUUCAGAGAAAUAUAUCGCAGAUAUGGGUGUUCUGCGAUGUAAUAUAUGGAGAAUAUAUUGGGAACUUUCUCAAAACAGAGUUCCAUCUCAAUGGACAGUUAAGUUUAGCCGUUCAUAAACAUGGCAACAUAUUCAGUUGUUAGGGCUGAAUUGUGUCUUUUGAAUGAAUGAUAUUGAAAAAUUAUUUAUCAAUUAAAAUAUUUAUAUUUUUAAGGA